AUCGAAUUUCUGCGAGAGAGAGCGGCGCGCGUGCAUCGGCGGCGUUGUUACGUUCUGUUCGCGGUGAGAGUGUGCGAUCGGGACGUGUGUGUGCGAAAAAUUGCGUAUUAUCUUCCGGGCGCGGUUCGCUACUCGGCGUUUCCGCGGUAAAACUCGCGAUCGUGUGUUUUUUUUCCAAUUGACGUGCGAGAGACGAGAAUUUCGCGUGUCCUUUAACGUUUUUCAGCGCGGGAGGAGUACGAGGGGAACUCCGCCUCCGCCGCCGUGCGUACACUACGGAUCGUCCAAUGAGAGCGGUUGACAAGUCUAUUCGUGGUGGCGAUGGGCAGGGAAAAGAGGCUCGUAAUCGUCGCGCGGGGCCGAGCGUAGUGAGGAGCUCGCUGUUGUCACUUUCUCGAAGGGGGUCACGCUUUUGCGCUGUUUGCUCGCGACUUGGCACGAGCAACUCGUCCUGGAUAAUGUAAAGAACGACGCCUCGUCGUCCCGACCGCGUUUUCAUUAUUGUUCGUGAAAUUGCGUCCAAAAUCCGGAGUGUCCCCGAGUGUCCCCGAAAUUGCGGAGCGGUGAAAGAUGCUGGAAUUUUACCCGAACGACGUCUGCAACACCUCACAAGGAGACGAUCCACCCUCCCUAUCGGUGGGUACAGAGGUCAGUGCUAAAUACAAGGGUGCUUUCUGUGAAGCAAAGAUACGUAAAGUAGUGAGAUCAGUGAAGUGUCGAGUUACUUAUAAACCUCAAGGAUUAGGAACUGCUACUGUAUCUGAUGAUCAGAUAAAAGGAACCUUGAGAGUUGGCGCUUCUGUUGAAGCCAGGCAUGUAGACCGGAAAGAAUAUGUGGAAGCUACAAUUACCAAGAUUCAAGACUGCAGUCAGUAUACUGUAGUGUUCGAUGAUGGUGAUAUCACGACUUUGAGAAGAACUGCGCUUUGUUUAAAAAGUGGAAGACAUUUUGCCGAGAGUGAAACAUUGGAUCAGCUUCCGUUGACUCAUCCGGAACAUUUUGGAAACCCCGUAAUCGGAGGCAGAAGGGGUAGACGAUCAAGGCAAGCGCAGGACGAGAGCAGCGAAGAUGAAGACAGUCCACCAAGAGGCACUCGCGACUCUGCUUCCAGUGGAGGUACGAAAGAGGGAAUGGAAACCGAACCAGAGAUUGGCAGAGUGGUCUGUGUGGAACUCGGUGACAAGAAGAAAAAAGACAAUUGGUUUCCCGGUCUGGUGGUUGCACCCACUGCUCAAGAUACAGUAAGAAUACGAGUGAGAGAUGAUUAUUUGGUGCGCUCGUUCAAGGAUGCCAGAUACUAUACCGUACCCAAGAAAGAAGCCACGGAAUUCACGAAAGAAUUGGUUAAUAAAGUUGAAAACAGUACAUUGAAGGUCGCGGUGGAAAAGGCGCUUCUCUUCUUAGAGAAAAACGAAUUGCCACCUCAUUGGGACAGAGACUCCUUGUUCGGACAUUCUGUUUCCAGUGGCAAUAGCGAUUACGAUGGAGAACUCGAUUCAGAUAGUUCGGACGACGAGCCGCGCGAGGAAAAGGAUCAUUUUGUGGCACAACUGUACAAAUUCAUGGAUGAUCGUGGAACGCCUAUCAAUGUUUGCCCGAUGAUCGGAACUAAAGAUAUAGAUUUGUACCGUCUCUUUCGGGCGGUGCAGAAAUUAGGUGGUUACAAUCGCGUCACGAAUCAGAAUCAAUGGAAGGUCAUAACGCGGCGACUGAACUUUUCGAUGCAAAAUUCCGGGCCUAUGCACAAUCACGUGAAGCAGGCUUAUAAGAAAUUCUUGCACUCGUUCGAGGACUUUUAUAGAAAGUUGGGCUGCACCAUGGUGAAUCAUCCGCGAAGCAGCGCGCGUAAACAGCGUCCCGGAAGAAGUUUGAUUCGCGACAAAGACAGAAAUACGCCUGUACCGCAGCAAACAACACCGGCACAAGUGAAGAACGAUAAGGACGAAGACGAGAAGAAAGUCGCGGACGAUGAGAAAAAGGAGAAGAAGGAAGUCAAGAAGGAGGUGAAAGAAGAGGAGGUGGUGAAGGUGAAGAAAAAAGAAGAAACCGAAGGAAACGGCAGCGGCCAGGAAAGUGACGUCAAUGUCGAGGGUGACGCGGAGUCAACUUCCACUAAUGAAAAAUCGCAAAAACCAACCGCGCAGAUAUCCACAUUAUCCCCGACAUCCAGCGGCAAUGUUGCUGCGUCGUCCAGCAGUCGAAGCAAGUCAAAAAGCAAAGAGGACACCAAAAAGAAGACGGUCGAGAAGAAGAAAACGGAAACCAAAAAACAAGAGAAGAAAGACGAAAAGCUGAAGGAAGAGGAGGCUACUAAAACGAGGUCUAAGGCAAAGGACGAUACUGUGAAAAAUAAAGGCGUUUCCGAGGGAAGGGAAUCGCGAACACCGUCCGGAGAAGCGGAGAAGAAACCGUUGUCGAAGCAGCGACGUUUGACGGAUGAGGAAUUGAAGAAGCGUGGGAGAAAACGCAAAGACAAUGAGGCGGAAAAAUCUCGCACAACGGACGAACAACCUACGGACACCGCUCCCAGCUACAAAGGUCCCGUGGAGUGUGGCGAUAAACUGAAGGUGUACUACGGUCCAACGCACGAAUCCAAAUACACUUACGAAGCUAAGGUUAUCGAGAUAGAAAAGGACGGUCCGGAACCGGUGUAUCUUGUGCAUUAUACAGGCUGGAACACCAGGUACGACGAGUGGAUCAAAGCGUCAAGAAUCGCUCAGAAUUUCACGCAAGCUCAAAGCAGAGUAAAGCGUGUCAAAGGUAAUCAAACUCCCCAGCCCCAAACUAGCGGCGCGAGUCUGUCCAACAACGCUGGGAAUAAAUCAAAAAGUACUUGCAGUUCGAGCGUCAAUGUGGCACAAAGCCGCCGCCGAGCUCAAAGCGUAGCUCCCACAUCUACUUCAAGCGCUGUUCCGUCAACGCCAACGUCCACGAAGGAAGUUAAGAAGGACGACAAGGAUAAAGAAACGACGACGCAACCAAUCAGAUCGACCACUCCGUUGUCUGCCGUGAGCUCCAGCUCUAGAACCAAGAGCCCCGCCACGCCUGUCAACAAUCGACAAACCAGAACAGCGAGAAAUGCGGAACUGUCUGGUAUAGAACAACAACGAAGACGGACCCGAAGAACGUCGGGACACACGGACGUGUCCGUCGCGUCUGAGAGCGAGGACAGCGAGGAUUACGAGUCCGACACCGUUGAGCUCGAGCAAACGAAGACCAGAUUGAGAGGCACCGAGGAGAGAAAAGCGAGGAAGGAAGCGCGAAGCAAACUGGAAGAAAGAGUUAAAACGGAGGAUGUGAGCGACGCCGAGGACGAGAAGGACAAUCUAGACGAGCCGCGCAAGGCGGGUAGACGUUUGAGAAGAACGCCUGGCAAGUCACAAGGUAUUAAAUCCGAACCGGAUAGCGAUCAGGAGGAACAACCGAGAGGUCGAGAUUUCGAUCUCAAUCAGAUACGAUCUGAGUUGAAAGGUUUCGACAAAGCGGUUAAGUUGGAAAUAAUCAGACCGAAACCCGAGCCUGAGGACGAAAUCAAACUGGACGAGAAAGAGACUGCGAUCUCGAUAUCGCCCAAGUUGGAGAAGACCGUCGAGUCUCCGAAAGUGGAGGCCGUUGUUGAGAGUAAGGCCGAGAGCACGGAGGACAUAUACGAGUUCAAAGAACCGGAACCGUUCGAAUUCGAAGUAAGAAACAAAAGAGAUACCAGCAGCGAGAAGGAUAAAUUGAAGAAAAGGGUGUUCGACGAUGAGCCCAAGAGUCCGAAGAAGAAGCAGAGAACGUCGAUUGCGACGCCGGUGACGAAAGAGACGAACAAAUCGGAACCGUCCGCGGAUGACGCUCGGAAGAUGACAAAAAAAUUAUUCGGCAGAAAGUCCGACGACGCGGUGUCGGCCGAGGCAGCGGCUCUUCAUAAACUCUCGUCGGACAAACAACCCGCCGCGAGCGAACCGUGUAAGACGUGCGCGACUGGUGGAAAUUACGGCAAGGUGCAGCAGCAGUGUGUAACGUGCGACGUCAAGUCCUUCAGAAAAUUCACGCCUAAGUUCGCAAAAGACACGAGCGUUAAGGAACCGGUCGGUUCCUUAAAUCUUUUGUUCAACGAUUUACCGACGUACGACGAGAACGCGCGCGACGACUCGGAGGAUCGUCUGAUAAUCUCGGAAAAUGAAGUUCCGCUCGAGCAAGAGAACCCGUUUACGACUUAUCAAAACGUUCAGUUUCACAGCGGCGAAUCGACAAGCGCGACGGAAUCAAAUAAGAACGAAGUAAUCUUGUCAAAGAUCCCGAAGAUUCACGAAGAAACGACAGCCAAUACGAGCACCACCAGCAGCACCACCAUCACCACCACCACCACCACCAAACCGACUAAUCUGUUGGAACAGAAACAGAGUCAAGUCAAAUCGUCACCCGGAAAGAUCGAGCAACAACUGCAGGAUCUAAAGAUGCUGGAAUCGAAAAUAAUCAGUCCGAUAUUGCCGUCGAUCGUGACACCUCCGGCGCCCAUAAGCGCGAGGUUGCCAGCGACGUCCACGAUCGAGGAAAAGCUGUCGGCCGCUGCUAUGGCGUUUCGUAACAAAACUAAAGACAGAAAAUCUCCGGUCGAGGACGCGCCUGAUCCUGUGCGCAAGGUGAUCAAAGAAUCGUCUAAGAAAUUAGACGCUCCUGUUGUACCAAAAAGCAAAGACUCGGAUCGCGGUUUAUCCAAGACCGAGCUUGCAGACGACAAAAAGGAAGAGAAGGACGAGAUCUUCGAUCAGGAUCUUCGCAAGGAAAUUAUAGGAGACUUCGUUAAGCAGAAGGAAGAAGAGCUGCAGCAGUUGAAGUUGAAGAAAGACGCGGAAUCGAAGAAAUUCAUUGAGACAAAAUCCAUUGAGCACAAGAUAAAGUUGCAAGAAAUUACGAGGGAACGGAGAGACGAAAGCAACUGGAAAUUCAUCGAGAGCGAGGAUCAUAAGAAGUUCGAAGACGAAUAUUCAUCGAGCGACAAAGAGAAGGACAGAAUUGAGGAUCAUAAGAAACAACAAGUCAGCCAGGAUAUUGUGGAUUCCACGGACAGUAGCGAUUCGGAACAGAGGCUUGUAAUAGACAACGAGGAACCGCAAGACGUAACUUCUACAACGUCCAAUUGCGACGUAAAGCUGAGAGAGGAAUUGGAUUGUCUGCAGGACAGCACGCAAGACAGAUACUCCAAGACGCAAAUACCGAAGACUUUGCAGAAUGUUCAACAACGGCAGCAGCAGGAGUUAACGGAAUCAACGGAGUUAGCGGAAUCAAUGGAAUCCGCGGAAUCCAAAGCUGCUCUAACGCCCGCGCUCAAGACGGACGAAGAGGGUGAGACAAUGAAUUCGCUGUUGUGCGAGGAGGAGAUACCUGGUUCACCUACGCCGCCGUCCGAGAACACCGAGCAGACCAGUGUCGGUCCUUCGGGCAGUCCACCGAGAAACGAGACGACGGAAAGCAGCAUAGUGUUGAUGGAAAUGCCUUUCGCGAGUGCGCCAACAUCCGGUCAGAGUACAACGAGCAGUAGCACGGUCGCUACUCUCAGCAUGGCACUGCCGAAGACUGUCGAGGCCUCGAUACCCAUUCCUCUACCGAUGCAGCAGAACGUGGCGUCCCUGAACUUGCGCCAGCAGCAACAGCAACAACAUCAACAGCCACAUCAGCAGCCGCACCAGCAGCAGCAACAUCAGCAGCACGUGCCGGCUUUGAUACCGCCGCAAGAGAGAGUACCGAGGAGAGAGAGCAACGACGCCGCGCCAGUCAUGGAUAACACACCACCCACCACUCCCGACUCGAGCAUUUCCAACAUCUCGGGUUCACCCAGAGAGGAGAGAACCGGUGGUUCGUCGCCGACUUCCGAGGACAUCAAGCUCAAUCGCGACAGCUCGGAGGCGGACAACGAUAGCGCGGGAAAAGGCCCGGGUUCGAGCGAGGACGACACCUUGCCAAAUUCGGAGAACAACUCCGCCGACAGAAUUCCCAAACCGCCCCCGAAACGCUCGAUCGAAUACAGUCACACGGUCGACAAUCAGUCGCCCAAGAAACGCAAGAAGAGCAGAAAACAUUCGGAGAAUGGUGGCGGUAAUGUCAUGACGAAGAAAACCGGCAGACAGAACGGUAGGCAAGGUAGAUACGGAGCCGGGAGCGACAGCGACGACACCAGCGAAGGAUCGAACCUGUGCGGGGUGAACUCCGCGCCGUCGACUCAACCCAACACUAUCACUAAUGUUACCGAUCUCAGUACUUACUCGUCGAGAUCACCGAGGCCGACGAAGUAUAAUUUUUACGUCGAAUUGGAUCCCGAAUUGGAUGGUAGUCAGAGAAUAGCUGUGCUACAGCAGAAGUUGACCGAAUUGCGGAAAACGUACAAUGUUGUGAAGGCUGAACUUGCUGCUAUAGAAAGACGUCGGAAAAAAUUACGAAGGCGGGAACGAGAAGCGAUGAAAGCCGCUAAAGCAGAAAUGCAGCAAGCUUGUUCGUGAUAAGCACUGUUAGGAGAAAGAUCGAUCUUUCGCGAGUAUUAGACUACUCGAUCUCGAAGAAUUAUUUAAAAAAAAACAUAACAUCUCUACGGGCAAAUAUGCAAUCACACUCUCAUGACAAAAACAAAACAAAAAUGACAAAACCAAUCCAAUCAACAACGGACAAAUACAACGAGAUAUAAUCCAAGAACCUUUAACAGUAAAUAGAGAGAUAAAGAAAAGUGAGGCUCUUGCGUUAUAUUUUGUUUUGUUGUUUUUACGACCUUCUACAUAUAUAGUGUAAUUAUCUAAUAUAUAUAUAAUGCAAUUUUUCGCAAUGCCCCCUGUGUGCACGUUCUCUUUAUAUAAAUUACAUUUAUAAGAACAACUGUAGAUAUAGAGACGUAAGAUUUUAGCACGUUGGGAAAAGAUGUUCAUAACAAUUAUAUAACAUUCAUAUACGCGCGCGGUAUUAUUACUGUACAUUAUUUAGUUACACACAAAAAGGAUCAUAAUUUAAAUUAAAAAAAAAAAUAAAAAAAAAAAAAGUUUUUCCUUGAUUUUAUCACUUAAGGUGCUCAGAUAAAAAGUACAAAUUACCAAAUCUGAUAUUCGUUUUUCAUUUACUUUUUUUUCUUUUUUUUUUCUUUUUAUUAAAACAGCUGGAAAUAAUGUUAUUGAUAGUAUGUUAUAUUAUAAAGACACACACACACAACAUCUUCACACACUCUUUCACAUACAUACACACACAUCUUGGGAACAAGUAAUCAUCUAAGCUGGCUAUCAUUUCUCUGUUUCUCGAAUACGAUUUUAUGCCGAUUGCAGUUGAGCUGUUUUCACAGCACAUUACAGGAAACAAACUCAAAAGACAAACAGUGUAAAGACUAUAAUAAUUAAUCGGUGAUCAACAGCAACUGCAUAGUACGAACUUUGCGUGUUUAUAUAUAUAUACAUAUAUAUAUAUAUAUAUAUAUAAUGUAAAUAUAUAUAUAUAAAUUAAAAAAAAAAAAAUAAAAACAAAAACGAACUAGUAAAAUCAUGUUGUGAAAUAUUGGCGCAUGGCACACGCAGAGGGGAAUAUUGUGUAUUCUCGUCUAAUAAAAUAAUUAUCGCGAUUUUAUAGACUUGCUUAUACACACAUGAGAGACAAUUUUUGCUUUUGUAUGUACAUAUGUACACAUACACACACGCACAUACACAUGCGUGUGAGUGUGUAUUUAACGACGUUUGUACGAUGAAGAGUGCGUUAAGACUUUGUAUAUUAAUUAAUACAUGUGGGAAAUAUAUGGGCGCGAUUGCUAACUGCUAAACGAAGAAGAAGACGAAAACAAAAACUUUCUCUGUUUUAAUUUAUAUACGCAUAUAGAUAUAGCUCUGUUACAAGCGAUAUUUUACACACACGCUAAUUUGGUACAACAAUCAUUACGUUAUUAUUAACACGUAGAAACAGUUUUUUUACUGAAACAUAAGUGAUAUUGCGUUCUCGUUUCCUUUCUCGGUUGUUGUUUUUUUUUCUUUUGUUUUUCACACACCACUUGUGCGGCAAUUUUUAUCUGCGUGAGUGCAGCUCAACGAUAUCUAUCAAUCUACUUAAAAUGUCCAUCAUUCUUGCUCUGCCACUGUGCUUUAUUCAUCAUUUCGACAGAUUGUCACGUAAUAUUCACGGGGUACAGUGCGUCGCGAUUGGACUCGUCAGAGAUGCAUUUAUAUUUUCUAUUUCGAUACGCCGAUUCCAGAUGAGAAAAAAAAAAAAACCAUUUUAAUAUGCAAACCCACGAAUGGUAUUUAAUUUUAAGAAAACACUACGCGAAUCAAAUGUGCAAGUUAUAAAUUUGUAAGAAAAACAAAAAAUACAAAACAGGCUAAAAAAAAGAGAAUAAAAUUUUAUAUAUAUAGAAUAUCAUACAUAUAUAACAUAUAUUUUUUUAUAAGAAGUCGAAUAUGUGAAUAUGUGCUUUAUGGUAUUGAAAAAAAAAAAAAAGAAAAACAAACGUUGAUACGAGAAAAUAAAAAAAAAACAAACGAAAGAAAUUGGACUCUUCUUAACACAUUGUACAUAAGUUUUACAUUGCGUGUGUUUGCAUUGCGUGUGUUUACAAUUGUUCGAUAGUCGACGUCUCAGCCUGCGCUGUAUAAUAUAUGGUUUCACAAAUGUUGCAGUAGCAUACGCGCAUAACAAUAUGUUUUGAGAAGAGCGGAGGAUGCAUUUAGAGAGAAUUUACAUAUUUAAUAUUAUAUUAUUCGCAAGUUUAGAAUCUUCUAUUGUGAUGCGCGAAAAAUAAAAUUUAUCAAAUGAGAGACACGGUAAAUGUUGGCAAUUGCACAUUUUAACGUUAUACACAUUUACGUCGCGCGAAAUGAUACGUCAUUUAUGUACUAAACAUAAGUGGAUAAGAUGUGAUCGACGUGCUGAUACACGUGACAUGUUGAAUAUAAAAACAUUUUUUUUAAAUUAUUUUAAAAAAGUAAAUUUUCUAAUUUUAUACAUCAAAACUCUAUGAAGAUUUUUCGGACAGAAGUCAAAAAAUUUAUGAUUGUUAUUUAUGUUGUUCGUUUUUUUUAUGAGAGAUCUAAUUUAUGUAUUUCGUUUCUUGUUUUGCGCAGUUUUCGUGCAUAGUCUAAAAAAUUAAAACUUGAUGAAGUAAAAAGUAACAGGUUAUACACAAAGCUGCUAUUGGAGGAAGAAAGUGCGUUGCAAUAAUAUUGAAUGUUUAAAUUUAAUAUAUCUGUUGUGUUAUUUUAAGUGAGCAAUUUAACGAUAAAAAAAAUAUACAUAUACAUAUAUAUAUAUACAUAUUAUGUGCAAAAUUGUACAUUGUGACAAUCCAAAUCACUUGGAGCUAUAUGUGUAAAAAAGUACUAAAACCAGAAAAGGGUGACACUGCAAUUUGAAACAAAAACUUGUACAAAGAAGUGAAAAGAGAGAAAAAUUAAGUUAUAUAUCUUAAUAAGAAGAAUGUCUAUACGCAUUGUGGCAAGUAUUAAAGAUAAAUGCAUCCUCGUCUUCUGAAAACAAAUUUAUUCUUCCUGUAAAUCAUACGUUACAUGUGAAAUAGUACGUAUAAUAAGCACAAGGCGAACUUGUAUCGCCGAAAGCAGCAUGAGUAAUAUUGUUUCUCGUAACAUUUAACUACUUGUCAGUAAGUAUUAUCGUUAAGAAAUAAAUCUAUUGUCCUGACAGAAAAAAAAAAAAAAAAAAUGACGACUCUGUGUUGAAUUUUGAUCGUCGGAACUCCUGAAAUCCAUUCCUCAUUUAUGUGAGUUCUGGUUUGUUUCAUUUUUUUUUUGUUUACGUUUUUUAUCGGUAUAAAAAAGAAACACACUCUUGUUAUACGUGUUGUUUAUUAUUAUACUGUGGCUUACAAAUGAAAAUAAACGGAUUAAGAGUACGUGUAAAAGUUACACACAAAACUACCAAUGGUUCUGGUAGAUUUGUGUCAACGUUUGUGUUAGUACAUGUAUAAUUAUAUAAAUAUAUUCACAUUAUUUUAUAUAUAUAUAUAUAUACUUAUGUAUAUGUGUGUGUAUAUAUAUAUAUAUGUUUCGCAUUCAUACUAAACAGUUAAACUGUUCUUUAUAUAAAUGGGAUUAAUUAAUUAACAUACUAGUGCACCAUAUAAAUAAAAAAACGCAUAAUAUACAACAUAUAUAUGUUUUCUUCCAACUUCUCUCAUGUAAUAUAGCGAAUAAUAAGAGAUUUUUAUAUUUAUAUAAUGAAAAGAGUAAUGACUAAAAUCACGUGAUAUAUAUAUGUAUAUAUAUAUGUUUGUUUUUAACGCGUUAUUAUAAGUUAAUAAUUUUAUAUUUUUCCUUAACAAAUUUUACGUUCGUAUUUUUUUAAUCUUACAUUUUCUAUUGUACCAGCAAAUUUCUCAUUAUUUAAUUGUAUCGCAAAGAGAGUUUUUGGUGAAUAUAUAUAUAUAUAUAUGUAUAUAUAUUUAUUUUUAUACGCCAGCAAAACUCUCUUGUUUUCAAUUACGUUAACGAGAUACACCGCCAACAAUAUCGUUAAAAAAAAAAACGCAAAUUUAAAAAGAUGUACUAAAAAAAGUAUCUUCUUAGAGGAGAAAGAGCAAUAACUUCAUAUUUAUAAUAGCACACGAUGAUAAGAGAUAUACUGGGUACUGUGUAGAUCAAUGAAGAAAGAUUUACAGCAGUAAGAUUCGCAAAUGUGAUAUAAUUUCAAAAAUACAAAAAACACAUUUAUUUAAAGCAAAAUUGGACGUCAAAUUUUGCAUUCAAUUGGAGAAUUUGUUUUCCUAUGUAUAAUUUAGCUUAACAUAUUGUUACAAUGAUUAGAGUUUGAUUGGAGCAUUUGAAGUUUGCACUUGUCGCAGAUAUUGAUAAAUUUGAACCAAUAAUUUUCUUUCUAUAACAGAUUAAUCGAAACCGCGUGAUAAUGUUUCCUUUGUUAUUUUAUAUUAAAUUAAAUUUUGAACAUGUCCAUUGUAUUAUCGCCAGCGACAAUUGUGCAUUCUCUUACAUUAAGAAACAAAGAAAAGCUUUCGACAGAUAAAAGCUAAACACGCACAUUAUGUAUAUAUUAUUAUAUUUAAUUUAGUAUUUUGAUUAUUAUAAUAAUAAUAAUAUUAACAACAAUAUUAUAGCAUUUUAUGCCCGUAAGAAAAAUUUUGUCAGUGAAUCCGUUCACGGAACACAUCUAAAAAAAUCUCUCUCUUUCUCUCUUAAAAUUAUCAAAUGAAUAUAAUAUAUUAUAUGAAUAUAUGUAUAUAUAUAUAUAUAUGUAUAUAUAUUCGAUUAUUUUAACAUUAUUGCGCUCGCCCAGAACAUUUCACAUUCAAAGUAUCACUCUUUACAAACUAGCUUAUUAAUCGUUUUUACUGACCACAAUUGAGACAAAGAAAUUCAAAUAUGACACUGUCUGAGAUUGAUAAAGUUGGCUGGUUCCUAUCUCACAUCACAUGUGUGUAAAUGUAUAAAUAUAAAAAGCAAGACAUAUAUCCAAAUUUAUUUCUCGACAUUCACGAUCAGCCAGUUGUACAAUGUUCAGUGCCAACAUUUUUGGUUUUGUUCGCUCGCAAACAAAAAAAUGUGCAACUGUAAAAUGUGAAAGCAUCGCGUGUUACAUGAACAAAAAAGUAACUUGACAUGGACAAGGUAAUUGUCUUUACUUCACGCACACAAACACACCCUCUGUAUACGUUUUGUUUACACGUCUUCUCUCAUUCACCGAACCGAUUUAGCUUAAAUAAUAACGAGAAAAAAAAAAA